CGGUGUGCUCGCCAAGCCGUCCAACCACACCACCGUUCAGUUCGCGCGCGAACGAUUCACAAGUCGGUGUACACGAGCGCGCGCGUGCCCACUCGUCCACCCGGACCACGCGAUCGGCACCGAGGUGAGAGAGUUCAGAAUCUCCUCCGAGGGCGACGAACACAUUGGCCGGUCAUUCUCGCCGUCUCGUCACCCGCGUCGAGCCCUACAACUAUCGUAACAACAACGAUCGUAACAGUCGUAAUACCGUUCGUUCGUCUGCUCGCAUCGCAGUGCGCGUCGUAUUAUACGAUCGACACGUGCCGUAAACGAAUAAAUAUUCUACAAACGUUCCGCUCGUUUUCGGUUACGCCGAGGAGGUGCGCGCGGUUCGUCCUGUGUCGUCGCGUCCAGGAAACCGUGCUAUCGUCGGAUUCGUCACGAUCGCCGCGGAGUGCGUAAACCGCCGGGGUACUCGGGUCGAGGGCGGCCGUCGUCGACAUGUGACGCGCGCGUGUUCGCGGCGGACGAGUGACGAACAAGCGCGGCGCACCAGUGCUCGCGUCAUCGGGCGAGACACGCGGUACGGGUCGGCGGUCAUCGUGUCGCACGCGGCGUGCGUAUUGCGCCCGCGGUCGGCCCGGUGCUGGUAAUGUCGGCCGAUGCCAUGUUGACCAACGGCGGCGGCGGACCGUGUUGGCUGCUCGUCACCGUCGUGUGGUCGUUGCACGUGUUGGACGACUCGGCGGCUGUCGCCGCGUUGCCACCUGUUAUUCGCAUAGGCGCAAUUUUCACUCAAGAAGACAAAGACAGUACUACGGAAGUAGCUUUCAAAUAUGCGGUUUACAGGAUAAAUAAGGAUAAAGCAAUUUUACCAAAUACAACGCUUGUAUACGAUAUAGAAUAUGUUUCUCAGCAAGACAGUUUCAAAGCUUCUAAAAAAGUAUGCCGUCUACUAGAAAGUGGCGUACACGCGAUAUUUGGACCGUCUGACAGUCACCUAGCCGGACACAUAGUGUCCAUCUGCGAAUCGGUUAGCAUGCCAUUGUUGCUGACCAUUGCUGACGGCGUGACAGACUUGACCGGACGGCACUUCGUCACAGACAUGUUUCCGGCCCGCGAACAUCUCGGCCAGGCGUUCAGAGACCUCAUCAAUUUUCUAAACUGGACGAAAAUCGCAAUCGUCUACGACGACGAAGAAGGUCUGUUGCUCGUGCAGAAUCUAAUGAAAAUGUCAAAAGCAGACUUUUACAUCAGACAAGUGGACCAGCACACGCAUCGGCAAGUGAUGAGAGAAAUCAAAAACAAACACAUUUUCAACAUUAUCGUAGACAUACAUCCGCGCAAUAUCAACGGGUUUUUCAGAUCGAUACUUCAGUUGCAGAUGAACGACUACCGCUAUCAUUUUCUUUUCACUACGUUUGACCUAGAAACGUUCGAUCUGGAAGACUUCAAGUACAAUUCGGUGAACAUGACGUCGUAUAGGAUAGUUGACGACGAAAAUCACCGAGUGGUCAACGUUCUGCGCGAGAUGGAGCGAUUUCAACGAGUCGGGCAAAACAUGCUGCAUAAAAGUGGAAUCAUCAGGGCUGAACCCGCUCUGAUGUACGACGCGGUCAACGUGUUCGCCAACAGCAUCGGGUCGUUUGAAGGGUCAUCCGAUUCAAUGAAGUCGGCCAACAUUUCGUGUAAAUCGUCGAACCGUUGGGCGAACGGCACGUUAUUGUACAACAGACUAAACGCGGUGGUUAUAGAAGGGUUGACCGGCAGAGUGCACUUCGACGAGGGCAGGCGAUCAGAUAUCAAGCUGGACUUGCUGAAAUUACACCAGGAAAAAGUGAAAAAAGUUGGAUUUUGGACACCGUCGACUGGUAUUAACAUCACGAGACAUUCGGUAUUUUACGGACAGCAGAGCUCCAACGUCACUUUAAUCGUAGUCACAAGAGUCGAAAAGCCCUAUGUAAUGAUCAAAGAAGACAAAAACCUAACGGGGAACUCCAAGUACGAAGGAUUCUGUAUUGAUCUACUCCAUAGAAUAGCAUCUCAAGUUGGAUUCCACUAUGCAAUUACAUUAGUGCCCGAUAACAAGUACGGAGCUUACGAUCCCACGACAAAACAAUGGAACGGUAUAGUUAGAGAACUCAUGGACAAGAAAGCCGACUUGGCUAUGGCUUCGAUGACAAUUAACUACGCUCGUGAGAGCGUAGUUGACUUCACUAAACCGUUUAUGAACAUGGGCAUAGGCAUAUUGUUUAAGGUGCCAAGUAAUGAACCGUCCAAAUUGUUCGCCUUCUUAAAUCCCUUAGCCACCAGUGUCUGGAGCUUUAUGCUCCUGGCCUACAUGGCGGUGAGUUUUUCACUUUUUUUUUUAGCUAGGUUCUCUCCAUACGAAUGGCGGCCGCACACCGAGGAGAAUUACCGCGAGAAUCGUUUCACCAUAUCCAACUGUUUUUGGUUCAUCGCGGGCGUGUCGUUGAAACAAGACGCGGGAAUCACUCCAAAGGCUACUUCUGCUAGAAUUCUUGGAGGUAUAUGGUGGUUCUUCACGAUAAUAAUAAUACCAUCUUACACCGCUAACUUGACCGCAUUGAGAACAGUUGAACGGUUACAGAAACCCAUUCAAAACGUCGCGGAAUUAUCAUCGCAAGAAAAAAUAUCGUUCGGAACCCUCGAAGGGGGAUCAACUAUGUCAUUUUUCAGAGAUUCAAAAAUUCCAAUUUAUCAAAAAAUGUGGAAAUUUAUGGAAAAAUAUCCAUCAGUGUUUGUAUCAACUUAUGAAGAAGGCACGAAAAAAGUUCUUGGUGGAAAUUAUGCCUUCUUAAUGGAAUCAACGAUGAUAGAUUAUGCCGUUCAAAGGGACUGUAAUUUAACGCAGAUUAGUGGUCUUCUAGAUUCCAAAGGUUAUGGUAUCGCAACACCAAAAGGUUCGGUUUGGAGAGACAAACUGUCAUUGGCCGUGUUAGAGCUCCAAGAAAAAGGUGUUAUUCAAAUGCUAUAUGAUAAAUGGUGGAAAAAUGCAGCUGAUAUAUGCAUUAAAGACGAGAAAGUAAAGGAGUUUAAACCAAAACCAUUAGAUCUUAAUGAUCUUGGUGGAGUGUUUGUUUUUGUCUUGUGUGGGCUUACUGUUGCCGUCAUCAUAGCGAUAUUAGAAUUCUGCUGGCAUUCCAAAAAAAAAUCAACAGAUCAACAACAAUCUGUUUGUACGGAAAUGGCAGAAGAAUUAAGAUACGCGAUACGGUGCGAUGGCACCAAACAUAAAGCCACGUUAAAACGAACGUGCAAUGGUUGCUCACCGAUCACUACAUACGUACCAGCUCCAAUGCAUAUGAAUCAUGUUACCAGUCAAAUUGAUAAUGUUCCUAUGAUGGAACUAACAAAACCUUCAAUCAGCAUCGACCAUGAAGAUAAAUAACAUUUACCUUCCGAUUCGCCACCAUUACACCCUGCGAGUCGGAGCCCAUUCAAAAAUGUCCAAUUUCGAUUCCAUUGAAUCAUAAAACCCACUAAGAAACAAAAUCAACUGCCUUUAAAUUGAAAUCUAUGUUUUAAAAUCAACCAAAACAAAUAGUUACAAUUGUUAACUAAAAAUGUAUAUAAAUUGUUAUU